UGCUCUAGUGGUGAGUGGUCAUCUUCUUCCUUUCCUUUGAUCCCUGUUUCUUUCUCUAAACAAUCUAAGUAAGUAAGUAAGAAGAAAUUAAGAUUUUGCUUUAAGAAGAUAGAGCUAGCUGGCUGGAAAAGGAAGAAAGAAAGAAAGAAAAAGAUAUGUUAAUAAUAUCUCUUCCUCACCUUAGUUCUUCUUCUUCUUCUCCCUUCGUCUCCAGCAGCAGCCCGCUGAGGCUUUCUUCUACAAGGAAAUCGUCAGUUAAUCAGCGCUCCCAUCUUUGCGUCAGAUCUGAAAUCGACCAAAACACGGUAGUGGCGAUUUCUGUUGGGGUUGUGAGUGUUGCAGUUGGGAUAGGAAUUCCUAUUUUCUAUGAAUCUCAAAUUGACAAUGCGUCCAAAAGAGAAAAUACUCAACCCUGCUUCCCUUGCAAUGGCUCUGGAGCUCAGAAAUGCAGGUUUUGCACAGGAACUGGCAGUAUAGUAAUAGAGCUUGGAGGAGGUGAGAAAGAAGUGUCUAAAUGCAUCAACUGUGAUGCUGGUGGCUCUCUCACCUGCACCACCUGUCAGGGCACCGGCAUUCAACCUCGCUACCUAGAUCGCAGAGAAUUCAAGGACGACGACUAAUUUCAAUUGAGCAAGGAGAUCCACCUUUACUGCUGUGUUGAGGGUUAACAAUUAUCAGCCAUUUCUUCUCUUCUGUUUAUUUUUUCUCAUUUCUCUAAUCCCCCACUCCCCAAAUAUGUGUUGUAAAAUUGUCUAUACAUAUACAAAUUAUUGAGCCAA